UGCAUUUGCUGUUUUUGUGUUUUGUUUGCUCUAAUUAUGAUGGCCUCUUUUUAAGCUUUAGGACAUUUGGUUCAGAGCUUGAGACAGACAUCCAGCCUUCAUCUUCCUACUACUAUUCCACUUACUGUCUCUCUACUCUUCAAAAACCACCACUUUUACUCACAACCAUUCAUUCUUUGCUCUAAAACUCUGUGUUUGUGUUUGCUUUUUCUACCCUAGUCUGAACCCCCAGCCAAAACCACUUUCACUUCCACCAAAGCCUGCUUUUUCAUUUUCACCACUGUUUUUAUCAAUCAUCCCUUGAAAAAGACUGCAUUUUGUUUAUGUUUCUUGAUUGUUAUGUGAUCUCAGCUUCUGGGUUUUCGACAUCACAUAUAAAAGAGAGAUCUUUGGAGGUCCGCAACUGAUUGACAGCGAUUUACUUGGAGUUCUUGCAUCUUUUUUCUUCGACAAAGUUUGAUUCAAUCAUGAAGGAAACCCUCAAGAAUCUUUGCUAUAGUUUUGGAUGGAGUUAUGCAGUUUUCUGGGGUUUUGAUCAGACAAAUUCAUUACUAUUGACAUUGAAAGAUUGCUACUAUGAAGAACAAAUGGAAACGCUGAUUGAUUCCAUGCUUCUGCAAGCACAUGCUGUGGGAGGAGGGAUAAUUGGCCAAACUGCAAUUGAAAAAAACCAUCUAUGGUUGGAUUCAGAUGCUUUUCAUGAAAGAAGAAAUAGUGUAGUAUCGUUUGAUAGUCAUGACAUUUCCCAGGAUGAUUCUGAGUUCUUUUGCCAAUUCUCUAUUGGGAUAAAGACUAUUGCUGUGAUCUCAGUGGAACCGUGGGGAGUUGUGGAGCUUGGAUCCACUCACAAGAAUCCUGAGAUGAAAAGUUUUGUAGAACAAGUGCAGCAAGUUUUCAGAGAAAUGGAUGGGAUUGAAGGUGUAGGAAAUGAGACUCAGUUAGAUAGCCAUUUCUUUGAUUCUAGUAAUAUGCUGUUUGAUUCAUCGUUGUCGAAUGGCAUUUUCCAUUCUGAGAAUUUGAUGGGAGCAGAUCUGCUCUUAGAGUCUGCCAAUUUCCUUGAUUUCUCUGAUUAUGGUGAUUGUUCAACUCUGACCUCUUCUUGGCCUCAUCCCACAUCCUUGCCCGAGCCAAUAGACGAAGAAUCUUGCAAAGAUUCAAUCUCCAAUGCUCCUCUUAUCCUCUCAAGGGAUUCUAAUGCCCAAGAUUACACUUCAUCUAUCAUAACUCCAACAGAGAAACUCUCUGGCUUGCUAACUGUGGAGGAGUACUUCGGCUUGUAUUCUCCACAUUCUAAUGCAUCAACGAAGGGGUCACGUUUGAGUGGAACAACUUCAACUUCUGUACCUACCAAUUCAUUACAAAGUUCAGCGACUAAUGCGUUGAGAUCAAGUGAUGAUGCUAAGUGUUCAAUGGGAGUCGAAGCUGUUAGGAAAAACCCGGUGGUUUGGACUGGAUCUGAUUGCAUCUCACAGAAAAAUGUUGGGAGCAACUCCAACAGUUUGUUCUCCAAGUUUGGCCUUGACCAGCUUUUGGAUACUAGCAGCCCUUGUUCGUUUGAGGAUCAGUUGUCGUCUGCUGCUAAGAGAAGAAGAACUGGCAACUUCUCAUGGAGCCCAAGCCAAGUUAAACAUGUUGGGGAAAUGAAAUCAUACAACCCUGAGGCAAAAAAUAGUCUAGUUAGUAAGGAGCCGCGUUCAUGUGUUGAUGAUAGUUGUUCAUUGGUUGCUAGUACGUCUAGGAGGCAUGAGGAGCAAGUGAGAACCAAGAAAAAGAAGGCUAAACCGGGGAGCAAAUCAAGGCCAAAAGAUCGACAGAUGAUCCAAGACCGGCUUGGAGAGUUGAGGGAGCUCAUUCCCAAUGGAGAGAAGAUGAGCAUUGAUCGUUUGUUGGAACGAACCAUCAGACACUUGAACUUCAUGCAGAGUCUCAAAGGAUAUGCUGAAACUCUAAAACAAAUUGCCAAGCCAAAGUCUAUGGAGGUCUGUCAAAAUGAAUCCAUCAACGGUGGUGAUAGUGGAGUGACAUUAUAUAUAAUAUAUGUUAAAUAAUUAUUUUUAUCAUUUUUGUUGUCGAAAACAAUAUUUAUAAAACUUGAAUUAUAUCAAUUAACUAUGCUAAUUAACAUAUUUUUAAUAUUUAACAUAUUUAUAGGAUCUACUAAAGCUAAAUUAGUUACACAAAUUAAACAAGCACAUAGUAUUAAAUAUAUUAUUAAUUACUAGUUUACAUCAUAAAACUAAAAAAUAAUGAAAUAAAAAUUAUAAAUAGAAAUAAUAUUCCUAGAUGUACUAAAUCGCCGCCCCUAUCUUCUGCCAAUUAUAAUGCAACUUAGCAACUAGUUUACAGUUUUCUUCAGAUUCAAAAUUCAUCAAUGAAGCUUCCUCUUCACUAAAUUAUUACAGUAUCUUUAAAAUUCAUUCUUCUUCUCUUAAUUUCCUUCCUAUUAUAAUCCACAACAAUGGUUUCUCUAUAUUUCUCUACUCUCUUCUAAUUUAUU